AAGAUGGAUGCGCCCAUGAAAUAAAACUAUCUGCAGAGUUCGUCUGCUAAAUUAUACAAAAAUGAACUUAAUUACACAUUAACUGAGAAAAAUGAUUGCAAAUGUAUUUUCCAAAUUAAAACCCUCCAGACGGCAGUUUAUAUGGGUCAGAGCAAAAUCAAGAAAACAAGAAUCAAGCAAAAAAUACAGUUACACUUUAAACUUACCAAACACGGAUUUCCCUCUCAGUCUGCGUGAUGGUGAAGCAAAUAGACGAGAAGUCAAAAUUCAGAAGUCUUCCAGUUUUGAGAAACUAUAUGAAUGGCAACAAAAUCAGCCUAGAGACAAAGAAUAUAUCUUGCAUGAUGGUCCUCCCUAUGCAAAUGGAAAACCUCAUGUUGGACAUGCUAUUAAUAAGAUAUUAAAAGAUAUAACAAAUCGGUACAGACUGAUGAGAGGAUAUAGGAUUCACUACAAACCAGGCUGGGACUGCCAUGGUCUACCUAUAGAAAUGAAAGCUGUGUCAUCUAAAGCUAAACUCACUCCUCUACAAAUAAGAGAUAAAGCUAAAAAGUUUGCCCGUGAAGCCAUCACCGUCCAGAUGGAAGCAUUCAAGAGAUGGGGAGUAAUGGCUGACUGGGAUAAAGAGUGUUACUAUACAUUUGAUCCUCAGUAUGAAGCAAAACAAAUUGAUGUGUUUUAUCAGAUGUAUGAAAAGGGUCUCAUUUAUCAAGACUUCAUGCCAGUUUACUGGUCACCAUCUUCAGGGACUGCAUUAGCAGAAUCAGAAUUGGAAUACAAUCCAGAUCAUAAGAGUAAAUCUGUAUAUGUUACCUUUCCAGUCACCAAAUCAUCAGAACAGCUGGAAAAUGUCAUUGGCUGGGCUGGAAGAGAUGUUUAUGCUGUAAUAUGGACAACUACACCAUGGACUCUUCCAGGGAAUAAAGCCAUAUGUAUUGGACCAGAACUCAGAUAUGUUUGUGCAGAAGAUCCAGAUAACAGCAAUAUUUAUAUUUGUGAACAAUCUUGUGUUGAUAAAUUGUCAGAUUUACUUGGAAUAUCCCUUAGAAUCCUAAAUGACUUUCCUGGGAGUGCCUUUGAAGGUGCUAAGUAUACACACCCACUUACUGGUGAAGAAUUACCAUUCUUGUUUGGUAAGCAUGUGACUGUGGAAAAAGGAACAGGAUUGGUUCACACUGCACCGGGUCAUGGGCAUGAUGAUUUUGUCAUAGCUAUCAAUAAUGGAUUAAAAGUGACAAGUAUAGUAGAUGAGAAAGGACAAUAUGAUUGGCAUGCAGGUAAAGAACUAGAAGGUAAAACUAUUGGUGUGGAUGCUGAGGAUAAGGUGAUAGAACUUCUUGGUAAUCAUAUAAUAAAAGUAGAGGAUUAUGUACAUAAAUAUCCAUAUGACUGGAGAACCAAAAAACCUGUGAUAAUAAGAGCCAGUAAACAAUGGUUUGUCAGUACUAACAAACUUAAAAAUAAAGCUUUAGAGUGUCUGAAUGAAAUCAAUGUCCAUCCAAAAUCCUCAGAGAAUUCCAUGCAGUCUAUGUUAGGAUCAAGACCAUACUGGUGUAUAUCUAGACAGAGAGUCUGGGGUUUACCAAUACCAGUUUUCUAUCAUAAACAGACCAAACAACCACUUGUGAACAGAGCAACUAUAGAUCAUUUGAAAAGCCUAGUUUUAGAACAUGGUAGUGACUGUUGGUGGAAACUUUCUGAGGAGGAACUACUUCCAACAAAUGUAUUAACAAAGAUGGGAUUAGGAAAAGCCUCAGACUACAUUAAAGGAGAAGAUAUAUUAGAUAUAUGGUUUGACAGUGGAAUAUCAUGGGCUGCUGUUUUAUCAGGGGAGCAGAAAGCAGAUUUAUAUUUAGAAGGCUUAGAUCAGUUUGGUGGAUGGUUUCAGUCUUCUUUGCUGACCAGUGUAGCUUUAACUGGCAGUGCUCCUUACAAGUCUCUUCUUGUUCAUGGUUUUGCUGUUGAUGAAGAAGGAAAGAAAAUGUCCAAAUCAGUAGGAAAUGUUAUAGAUCCUGAAAUAGUUAUAAAUGGAGGAAAGAACAAAUCUAAGGAGCCAUCAUAUGGUGCAGAUGUUUUAAGACUAUGGUCAGCAGAGUGUAAUUUACAAUCAAAUGUAAUGAUAGGUCCAACCAUAUUGGAAAAGUGCAAUGAAGAAAUAUAUAAGAUAAGAAAAGUUUUGCGGUAUUUGCUUGGAAAUGUUAACGAUUUUAACAACUUGUCAUUAUCAAUGCAUCAGCUGUGGCCUCAAGACAGAUACAUGUUACAUCUACUUCAUCAGUUUGGACAACAGGUGUCCGAACAUUAUGAUGAAUACAGAUAUGGAAAAGUUAUGCAAACUGUGGAAAAAUUUAUCAAUAUUGAAGUUUCUAAUUUUUAUUGUAGUAUUAUAAAAGAUAGGUUAUAUUGUUCUGAUAAAGAAUCUUUGAGACGUCAGUCUAGUCAGUUUGUGCAGUAUCAUAUUAUCAAUGUUGUGACAAGAGCCCUAGCACCAAUAUUACCUCAUUUUGCUGAAGAGUUAUAUCAAUAUUAUCCAAAUUUAGAGCAACAUAAAGAUGACAGUAUAUUUAAAGGUGGUUGGUUUGACCUAGAUCCUAACUGGUAUAACAAAUCAUCAGCUAACCUUAUCAAGCCUGUGUUAGAUAUCAAAGACCAUUUAAACAGUGUCAUUGUUUCUGAAAACCCUGUAGAGUUUGAUGUCAUCAUUUAUGCUAGCAAUCUUUUAUAUGAAGUUUUAACAAAUUUCCAAAUGGAAGAGACUUCCUGUUCAUCGCCAUUGACUGAAAUAAUGCAGACAUCUUAUACUGUGAUAACUAAAAAGCCAUUACCCAUAAUUCCAGAGGAUGUGUCAGCAGAAGAUGGAGUAUGUAAUGUUUAUGUUCAAGAAGAUAUAAAACAACCAGAACAGUAUAUGUUAAUAAUAUCAGCAGCAACACAGAAUAUGUGUGAACGUUGUAGAAGAUAUACAUCAGAAUCAGCUAAGACACCAUGUGAAAGAUGCCUUAAUGUCAUGGCAGGCGAUUGGAAAUGAACAUUGUAGGAGAUAUACCUCAGAAUCAGCUAAGACACUGUGUGAAAGAUGCCUUAAUGUCAUGGCAGGCGAUUGGAAAUGAAAAAGUGUUUAAAAAAAACUAUAUAACACAUGUCAUUGCUAAAAAUGGUCAAAAUUGCUGUAAGUGGAACGAAAUUCAUUUGUGUUUACACAAAUCAGUGAUUAGUGUGUUUACAUACCUCUGAGCUCUUUCUUACUACACAUAUCAUUAUUGCUGGUUGAACAUUUUGUGUUUGUCAAUGGCUGGUUGGUAUGUUAUGAUUGACGAAUAUUGUUUUGAAAUAUUUAGGGUUUAAAAAAAUGUAAGAUAUACAUGUUCUUGUUUGUUGUAUGGUGCAAUCUCUUGCAUCUGAGUUUGCCCUGGGCACCUACCAUUAUCUGAUUGAGUUUGCCCUGGGCACCUAUCAUUAUCUGAGCGAGUUUGCCAUGGGCACCUACCAUUAUCAAUAUGUUUUAAGUUGAAUACAAAACACUCAAGGUUGUAUGUUUAAAGAAAAACAAAAAUAACAAUGUUGCAUAUAAGUACAUACACUCAACGUUUUAUUCAAAAAUUUAUUUUAUUUCACAGCCAAUUUUGAUGAUAACUUCAUAUUGUUAGAAGAUCUGUUCUGAAUUUAUAAUAUAUGUGCAACCAUAAAUUUAAAACUGUCUACAAAAAUGUACUACUAAAAUAAUGUGAAUGAUUUACAAAAUAUAUAAUAUAUUUGUACUAGAGGUUUGUGCUGAGUUUUUAGAAAAAAUAAAAGAUAAUUUAUA